AUCUGUGAACCACGCACAGCGAUCUGUAAUCUGUACUGUUGUUGACAACUAAUCUAACCUUUAUUUUUUUAGUAAAACAAUUUGAUUAUUUUGAUUAGAAAAUAUCGCUAUAAAAUAACAGCCAUGAAUGUGGUGGGAAUGGGAAUGAUCCCCCAACCAAAUCCGCAACAGCCGCAGCAACAACAACAGCAACAGCCCCACCAGCCCCUGGACAACAUUUCCAAAAUUAAAACCUUGAUUGGGCCUUUAAGGGAGUCGCUUUCUAAUACCAUUAAGACAGCGGCACAAACUUUAAACCAAAAUAGUCAAGUGGAUGCGGGCUCUUUGAAAGGGGUUGAUGUGCCAAUACCACGAUUCGAUAAAAAUCUAGAAGAAUUUUACUCAAUAUGUGACCAAAUUGAGUUACAUCUAAAAACUUCGAUAAAAUGCAUUGGCCAAGCGGAAAGUAGCAAUCGAUAUUUGCACGUUCCUGUGAUUCCCCACAGAAGCGAGAAUAUUGGAAUUAAUGAAAAUAUGUUGUCAUAUCCUCAAUUUUUGGCCACUGCUAGUGCUCAAGUGGCGUAUGCUAAAGAAAUUCAUGAUACAUUAAUUGCAGCGGCUCAAAAUAUUUCUCCUUCUGAUUGACGUUUCCAGCAAUUUUAAUUUUUUGUAAAUUAUUUAUUGUAUCGUCUUUAUUUUAUACCCUGUUUUCAAUUAAGUUUCUGAUUAAAGUUGCAUAUUAUGUGAAAUUUACACAGUCAUAGCCCACUUGACGAAUUGUAAUAGCAUAAAUAAUUCAUUGUUGCCUACUAAUUUACCAAGUCACAAGUCGGUUUGAUCAGAAAUUUAGUUGAAACCUCAAUAAUGGUUAAAUAUAUUUUUUUAAUUUAACAGUGAUAAGGAUUGAUAAGUGUGUGUAUUCAAAUAAAGAAUUUUCUCAA